AUGACAGACAAGAAACCAAAACGCCCCAGCAAGGGCAGGGUCUUCCAGUGCACGGGCUUCCCAAACUGCAACAAGUCCUUCACCCGCCUGGAACACCUCGCCAGGCACCGCCGAAAACACACGGGUGAACGGCCCUUCACCUGCCCCCACUGCUCCAAAAACUUCUCCCGCUUGGACAACCUCAGGCAGCAUAAGCAGACCGUCCACGCCUACGAAAACUACAUCAAGAAGCGCUCCGAGGGCAAGGACGCGCCGCCUUCCCAGCAACAAAACCCUCCCAUCCAGCCCCACUCCCAAAACCACUCCCACCUGUCCGUGGCCCAGGGCCUCUACUCCACGCCCCACUUGGCCCACCCGCUGCGUCCCCUCGUGCUGCCUCCCUCCCUGGGGCUGCCCUACGGCGUCUACUACCCAUAUCCUGGCCAUGGCCUGGUGGCCCAUCAUCAACAACAACAACAACAGCACCAACAACAUCCCCACGCACAUCCGCCCCCGCCCCACCAUGCUCCCAUGGGCCUCCGUGACCCGCCCAAAUUCAACCCCAAGACGCGGCCAAGGCCCCUUUCCUUGGUCCAUGCCUUUUCCGACGACACCAUGCUCACGUCCGAGCACGAACGGCUGCGUGGCCUUCCCCCUGCUGAACCACCGCUCCGGACGGCUCCUCCAGCUGCUACAUUUGCCCAGGCCGGCAGUCUAAACGUGCCUCCGCCUGGCUGGGGCCUCCCUGCCCCGGGCUCCUCCAGAUUCGCCUACCUUACGCCUAUGAUGGUCAGUCCGCUCUCGCCCUUGUUCCACCAGCUGUUUAACCAGGUGGCGGGGAAGAAUAAGCUGACGGGCACCGCCUCGUCGCUGUCGCUGGACGCACAGCUGGAAACACAGCUGCUUCUGCCUCCGGCUCUACCGCCCGUUCGCCUCAAGGGGCUGUGGUUGAAGGACGUGUUGAACAAGGACGAGAAGCCCUCGCGGGUCGCCAUCAACAGCUUGAUAGAGGAGGAGAAGUGA